AUGUUCCUAGCAUCCUGGAUCUGGGGAAUGGCAGUGAUACUUUGUUGUUUGUCUUGGUUUCUUCUAGGGAGGAGGAGAAGGAGGCAAGGUGAGCCACCACUUGAAAAUGGGUUCCUUCCAUACCUGGGCUGUGCCUUGCAGUUUGGUGCCAAUCCCCUUGAAUUCCUCAAAGAAAAGAAGAAGAAGCAUGGCCACAUCUUCACUUGCCAUGUAGCGGGGAAAUACAUUCAUUUCCUCACUGACCCUUUUUCAUACCAUGCAUUGAUGCGCCAGGGAAAAUACUUGGACUGGAAAAAGUUCCAUUUUGCUACUUCUGCCAAGGCUUUUGGGCAUGGUAGCAUUGACCCAGCAGAGGGAAACACCACUGAAAAUUUUCAUCAGACCUUCAUUAGGACCCUUCAAGGCAAUGCCCUAGAUGCCCUCAUCGAAGCAAUGAUGGAAAACCUACAGUAUGUCAUGCUGCAGUCAAGAGCACCUAAGCUUCAGUCUGAUACCUGGGUGACAGAAGGACUUUAUACCUUCUGUUGCCAAGUGAUGUUCGAGUCUGGCUUUUUAACACUUUUUGGUAAAGCAUUUAAUUCAAACAAUGACAAAAACCUAUCAUUAAAGCAGGAAACUGAGAGAGCACAUAUCCUUAAUGCCCUUGAAAACUUCAAGGAAUUUGAUAAGAUUUUCCCAGCCCUCGUGGCAGGGCUGCCUAUCCACCUCUUCAAGAGUGCCCACAGCGCACGUGAGAAGCUGGGAGAGGCACUCCUGCACAAGAACCUCUUGAAAAGGGACAACCUCUCUGAGCUUGUGACCCUCCGCAUGUUCCUGAAUGACACCCUGUCAACCUUCGAUGACAUGGAAAAAGCAAAGACCCAUGUGGCAGUGCUCUGGGCCUCUCAAGCAAACACCAUUCCUGCCACUUUUUGGACCCUGUUCUAUCUUCUUAAGAGUCCAGAAGCAAUGAUAACUGCUACCAAAGAAGUACAAAAUGUUUUGGAAAGCGCGGAAGAGCGUAUCAGCUUAGAUGGCAAACACAUUUCUUUGAACCGAAAACAGCUGGAUAAUAUGCCAAUAUUAGACAGCAUCAUCAAGGAGGCCAUGAGGCUCUCGAGUGCAUCCAUGACUUUCCGAGUGGCCAAGGAGGAUUUCACUUUGCACUUAGAGAACGACUUUUACAACAUUCGCAAAGAUGAUAUUGUAGCUCUUUAUCCUCAGCUGCUGCAUUUUGAUCCAGAAAUCUAUGCUGAUCCCUUGACAUUUAAAUACGAUCGCUUUCUGAACGAGAAGGGAGAGGAGAAGACCGACUUCUACCGCAACGGUCGGAAGCUGAAACAUUACUACAUGCCUUUUGGGACAGGCAUGGCAAAGUGCCCAGGCAGGUUAUUUGCUGUCCAUGAGAUCAAACAAUUUUUGGCUCUGAUUUUGUCAUAUUUUGAGAUAGAGCUUGUGGACAGUAAUGUGAAAUGUCCCUCUCUAGAUCAAUCCCGUGCAGGACUGGGUAUUUUGCAGCCAUCCAAUGAUGUUGAUUUCAGGUACAGGCUGAAAUGCUUAUGA